AUGGCGGCCCGCCGAGACGUGCUCGGCGCACGCCUGAAAGGUCCCGACCUCUCGCGCGGCACCAAUCGCGGCGGCGGGGCGGCCUUUCCUUCCGCGGCCCAGGAAGGAGGCGUAUUUGAGGACCCGGCGCAGAGGGAGUCUGGCUCUCGUCGCGGAGCGUCGGUGGGCAGAGCUGCUGCAUCCCUCGGCGCAGGUAAGAGGAUGGAGAGCCGAGGCGCCUUGGGGGGCGGGUUGUUUUAGGGGGUUCUCCUUUCAUUGGUUGCAUUUGGAGACCCCCCACCCGAAAAAGGCGACAAACGCAACAUUUUGUUUAUGGGCACCAAAAUAUUCAUUUCUUGGCCGCUCAGGCCUGUUAUUUUGUGACUUUCCGUUUUAUUUCUCUCCCCCCUCACCGACUUCUCUCUCAGAGACAAAAGCUGAAGUUAAGGGUUCGGGAGAUGCGUUUUUAUUUUUUAUUAGUUGUUUUUAUUAGUUGUUGUUAUUAGUUGCGAGUUAUAGGAGAAGGCAUUUCUUUCUCCUGGUACCUGUUUUCGAUUUUCGCUGUUUUGGUUCGCCUAGUGCUGCUUGCCUGGUAGAACAAGAAAGCAAACCAGGGCUUGAAAUUCUAAAGUUUAUAUUAUUAGUUUGUUGUGGUUGAUGAGCUUGGCCAGGCCUGACUGAUGGACUGUCUAGUUUUUAGGUAACUUUUUUAAGAUGGAUGAGGUAGCAUGUUUUAAGAAUUACACGGGGCAACAAUUUUUUACUUUUUGAAUGUUGUCUAGAUUUCUACAACUGAUUUAGGGUAUUUUUGCACUGCUGAAUCAGGAAAUGGCAUCCGUUUCUCUCCAUCAGGUCAGGUUUUUCUGCUGUGUAUUUGAAAAAAAAAUCAGAUUUUGUGACAAAAUCGAUUACAUUUUUGUGGCAUUAUCAGCUGAUUUUUGUCAACACAUAUCAUCCUAAAUAUGUUUUUAAGAGAAAAAAAUGUUUUUCCAGCAACAUAUAUUGAUUACCUGAUAGAAACAUCGAUUACUGUAUACUGAAUGGUGGGCACUGAUAAAAGUAAGUACAUGUAAAUUGCAUGUUGCUUCACCAUUUUUCAAACUUCGGGGCUUGAACGUCCGUUUCUUGGAACUGCUGGAAUGCUCAGUGGCAGGGAGGUCUCUCUUCAGAGUCCAACAGUAGUCAGCCAUCAUGACUGUGUCCCAGCGACCCUGAUACCUGGUCUCCAUCUCUAUCAUGUCCUGAUGGAAUCUCUCCCCCUGCUCGUCACUCAUUGAACCCAGGUUCUCAGGAAACCGGUCCAUAUGUGAAAAUAGGUAGUGCAUCUUGAUGCUCAUGUUGCAGCCCAGGUUUCUGAAAGCAGUCAGCAUGUUGUUGACAAGUUCUGCGUAGUUUCUGGCCUUAUUGUUGCCAAGAAAGUUCUUCACUACCAGAACAAAUGCCUUCCACGCUUCCAGUUCCACUUCGUUCAUUGAGUUUCCGAACUCUGGAUCUCUGAUGAGCUGACGGAUCUGAGGACCGUCAAAGAUGCCAGCUUUCAACUUCUCCAUGGUCAAUCCUGGAAAAGCCUGGCACAAGUAAGUGAAGCAGUCACCAUCCUUGUCCAGAGCCUUGGUGAACUGCUUGAUUAAGCCGAGCUUGAUGUGCAGCGGUGGGAAGAGUAUUCUGUCUCUGUCCACCAGAGAGUCGUUGAUGACGUUCCUUUCUUUGCAAGGCACCAAUUCCUCCCGCACGGGCCAGUCCUUCUUCGUGUAAUGCUGAGCACGGUCCCUACUAUCCCACAUGCACAGAAAACAUGGGUACUUGGUGAAGCUAGACUAUUGUCCCAACAAAAAGUUCACCAUCUUCAGGUCAACACAAGUAAACCACUUAAUGCUGAUCAUAACCAAUUUUCUCCAGCACAUACUUCAGCGCUUCAUAGUUCUCCUUCAGUGUAGUCGAGUGAGCCAGGGGUAUAGAGGCAAACUGGUUGCCGUUGUGUAGCAGAACACAUUUCAGUGAUCGCUUGCUGCUGUCAAUGAACAGUCUCCAAUCUUUGGGUUUGUACUGUGGCCCUCCAAGCUUGAGCAGAAGCUGUGCAAUAUCUGCAUAGUACACCAAGUCCUUCUCUUCCGAGAAAAAACGGAGGUACUCUUGAUGCCUGUUGCGGAAGAAGCUGAUGUGAGCACUGUCAGAGAGGAGGUUUUUUUCCUUCAAUCUGGAUGCCAACAGUUCGGCAGAGUCCUUUGACAAUUCUUCGUGGGGCAGCUGCCCCAUUAACUUAGUUUUGAUCCCCCAACUUUAUGCUUUGCCGCACCAAUUUAUGGAAGAUUUUGAGGUUUUAUGACUUCAAACUGAUCCCUUUUUGACAUAAUCACCCAGAACUAUUGGACCUGAAUACUUCUUGUCAUUAAAAUAAUCAUUUCCAAUCAAAACAAUUAUUCGACGUGGCAUUUUACCCCCACCAACUUCUUCUAAAAUGCUCCACACAAGCGUACAUGUGAACAAAAACGUAAAAAAAGACAUGUGGCCAUAGCUCAAAAACUUGACCUGAUUGAGCAAAACCAAUGUGAUUUUUGGAUUCAGCUCAUCAGAUUCGUCCUAAAUCAACAGAAAAAACGCAGACAACAAAUUUGUUGUUGACCAGUGUUAUUUACCGGCUCUUCUCCAAGAAGCUGAAGGCAUUCUCCUCCUGCAACUUGUUCCUAACCAAACUUUGGGAUAGGUGGGUUAGGAUGGAUAGUGGGAAACCACUUUAGUGGUUCCCACCUAUAAUUAAGCAGUAUAGAAAAUUUAUGGUAUAAUAAGUAAAAUACAAUGACUAGACCAAGAACAUCAAAUGUACUUUGUGGCUGAGCAGGGAGUUGGCCUAGUCUGACGCUCGAGCCACUGUAUCCUACAAUAUUAGCCCAGUUUAAUUAGAUAAAUGUGCUGCUGAGUAAACAUCCUUGAGAUUGUGCUAUAAGGUUUCAUCAUUUUGCAUGCUUAUGUCUUGCUUCACAGAGCUAGGAUGUAUCUGCUUUCAGUCAUAGUCUUGCGUUGUACAGGAAUCAGUGGGUGGCAUGCUCUGGCCUCUGUCACUAGCAGGGGUACACAGGGCGACUAGGAAGACCAAGAGGAAGACCAGCCUGGCCCCCUCAGUCUGCCAGUAAAGGAAUAACUGCCCUAGUGCUUGCUUUUCAUGCCUCCCCAUUACUUUUCCCUAUUGAGUUGCGCUGUUGGAAAGCAAACUUGCAGGCAGAGCUGUCUUAUCUCUUUUAUUUAACUUGUAAUAACAAAAAGGUAAAGGGCCCCUGGACAGAUAAGUCCAGUCAAAGGUGACUAUGGGGUUGUGGCACUCAUCUUGCUUCAGGCCGAGGGAAUCAGCGUUUGUCCACAGACAGCUUUUCUCGGUCAUAUGGCCAGCAUAACUAAACUGCUUCUGGUGCAAUGGAACACCGUGACAGAAACCAGAGCUCACAGAAAUGCCGUUUACCUUGUUGUCACACAGUACCUAUUUAUCUACUUGCACUGGCAUGCUUUUGAACUGCUAUGUUGGCAGAAGCUGGGACAGAGCAAUGGGAGCUCACCCCGUUGCGGAGAUUCAAACCGCCGACCUUCCAAUCGGCAAGCCCAAGAGGCUCAGUGGUUUAGACCACAACACCACCUGCUCCCUUUAACGUGUAAUAUGGGUAGAAGAAUAGAUUACUGAUACUGUUAGGAGGUUGAAAUUUGCAUAAUUAUAGCAGAUAGAUUGGGUAAGUUAUUUGAUACAUUGCAAUUCACUUUGAGUUUACCUUUUAUGUAAAAAAAAGUGUGCAAUAAAUAAAUAAUAGACCUCAAUCAUUUCAGACUUUAGUAACUUGCCAGUCUGGUCUGUAUAUCUGAUACCUGGCUGGACAAAGAGGGAGAUAUAAACUUCCUCCAAAUAGAUUCACCUGAAUAUCAAGUGCAGCACAAAGUAAGGCUUGAGGUACAGAAAGGCAGAGUAGCCAUGAUAAGGAUUUCACCCCCCUGGUCAGGUACCUUAGCCUGCAAUCACUCAGUUUGAUUGCCAAGGUGGGAUUGGGAUUAUCUUGUUGUGGCACUCUUAAUGUUAGUUGACUUUCACACAUAUUGGGGAUGGCUAGCCUCUGGCUCUCAAAUGUUGCUGGACUACAACUCCUGUCAUCUUUGACCAUUGGCCACUCUGGAGGGUCAGGAUUGUUCUAUCCGGCAAGCCUAAAUUCUUGCUCUGACUGAAUAAUUAGAAGAGCACAGCAUUUAAUUCCUCUUUAUUAAGAGUUACUUUAUUGCAUCAGGUUAAGCAAACUUACACAUAUACAUUUGAAAGCAUGUAUGUGAAUGCUUGAGGGAUGCGGGUGGUGCUGUGGACUUGCCUAGGACAGAGCCUAGGACUUGCCAAUCAGAAGGUCGGUGGUUCGAAUCCCCAUGACGGGGUGAGCUCCCGUUGCUCAGUCCCUGCUCCUGCCAACAUAACAGUUCGAAAGCAUGUCAAAGUGCAAGUAGAUAAAUAGGUACCGCUCCAGCAGGAAGGUAAACGGCAUUUCCGUGCACUGCUCUGGUUCGCCAGAAGCGGCUUAGUCAUGCUGGCCACAUGACCCGGAAGCAUGUAAUUUGAUCUUAUACCUCCGAUAUUGAAUGCUUAUAAAAACUUUGUUCAAUCUGAUGCAUUAGCAAUGCCAUAUAGGUAAGAAUUGGUUUGGACUGAAAUUGGUACGUAAACAUUGGCACCUGUCCUUUGUUCAUAUCAGGAAGGAAAAGAUGAUACAGUGGUACCUUGUGUUGCAUACUUAAUCCGUUCCAGAGGUCUGUUUGUAACCCAAAACCGCUCGUAGCAUGAGGCAUACUUUCCCUAAUGGCACCUCCUGCUGCUGCCACGCCACCGGAGCGCAACUUCCGCUUGCAUCCAGGGGCAAGGGUCGCACAAGGGAGAUCUACUUCCGGGUUAGUGGAGCGCGUAACCCGCAACAUUCGUAAGGGGGACGGUACGUAACAUGAGGUACCACUGUAAUUGUUUUUGUAGUUAAUCCUUGGAUGCUCUCUCGAGGUAAAUCCUAGUAGUUUCAUGCAGGUAUGAGUUAAUCUCUUCUCCUACCGGACAAGGACAAAGGGCAAGCAGCGACAUCUGUUUAACUCUGUUGUCUAGUAUGGAAAUGGAUAGAUCUUGUCCCCUACUAUUUUUAUGCAAGUCAACAGCUGCACACUGUGUUGCUGGCCGAUGUCAUUUUGGUUAUGGUGUCUUUAUCACGAUGUCUAUUUACUGUUCCUAGAAUCCUGCAGAGAAGCUACAGGUGUGAUGUUCCAGAACUGAACGAUGGCAACUAACGACAGUGUUGGCAUACUGAAUUCUGCCUACCUGGCUGUAGAAUAUAUAGACUCUUUCUUGCCUGAGAAUCCGCUACAACAGCCAUUUAAAAAUGCUUGGACAUAUAUGCUGAAUAACUACACCAAAUACCAGAUUAUAACCUGGGGAUCACUUCUCAUGCAUGAACUUUCCUACUUUUUAAUAUGUUUGCCUGGAUUUAUCUUUCAGUUUAUACCUUACAUGCAAAAGUAUAAAAUACAACAGGUAAGAUGGAGUGUUGUCUAGUAUGAAAAAUUCCAGCUCUGCUGUCAUACAUGGCUCCAACAAGUGACAUAACUUUGGAGCUCCCCAGAUCAUGAGUUCACUUCCCAUAUUCUGCCAGCUUGCAACUGGUGACAUUUUUGUUGAGCAUCCUCUUUCAGAGGAUAGAAAAAACCCGAUCUUAUGCUUUACUCUGCUUUUAUAACAAACAUGGAACAAUUUACACUUAUUUAUGUGCUUGUAUAAUUAUUAUGCAUAUUUUGGUUAAUUUCUUAUAUAAAUAUUUAGUUUAGCUAUCUGUGAGUACGUAUUGCUGACUUCCAAUCUGAAUUCUGGGUGGUACUGUUGAAAAGCACGAGGCAAAGGGCCUUUGACAGUCUGGCCUCUAACUUGCAGGCUUUCAAGUAAAUAGGGUUUUUUGUGUAUGUUUUGAUAUGUUAUUGUAGAAAGUGGAACAUCUGAACAAGUUUGCCAACAGUAUUAUUUGCUAGAUGUUUACUGUUAUCCUGCACACUACCCCAAAGGACAAGAGGUAAUGUUAAAAAUGUAUUUAAGCUGGAACGCUACACGGACUUACCUGUGAGUAAGCCACAGUGACAGUUGCUCAGAUGUGAUUGUCACUGUGGCUUAAUCACAGAUUAGUUGGUGUAGGAUUUUAUCUUAAGCAAUGCAUAGGAUUGCAUUGUUCAGCUAGUAAAUGAAAAAAGGAGAUAACAUUGUACAGUUGCUAGUUUCCCCCACAGAAGCUGUAGAGUGGCUAGAACACAGGUGGGAAGCAGUGGUCCCCCAAACUGUCCUGUCAUCUCUGACCAUUGGCAAUGCUGGCAGGGGCUGAUGGGAGUUGGGGCAGUCUGCAAAGCUUCAGGCUAUCCAUCACUAAGCUAGAACAUGGCCCCUGUAUAUAGCAUCAGUCCUGGGCACUCUUGUUUUUAAUAGUAACCGUGUGUGAAAUUCGCUUGAGUGACAUACACCCUGAUACCUGAAUAGUAUAUAUGUAAUAACAUAAAGCUUGGAGUAUUGCAAUACACUGGUACCUCGGGUUAAGUACUUAAUUUGUUCCGGAGGUCCGUUCUUAACCUGAAACUAUUCUUAACCUGAAGCACCACUUUAGCUAAUGGGGCCUCCUGCUGCUACUGCGCUGCCGGAGCACAAUUUCUGUUCUCAUCCUGAAGCAAAGUUCUUAACCCAAGGUACUAUUCCUGGGUUAGCAGAGUCUGUAACCUGAAGCGUCUGUAACCCAAGGUACCACAUUAUUGAAUUAUAAGUCAGUGAAAUUUGUAUCGUAUAGAAUUCUGGUGCCUUCUCAAUCCAGUUUCUACUAAAAAGGUAGAUAGAUCAUAGUAUCCUGCUUCCUAAUGAGAUCCGGAGCCCAGUCUGUUAUAAAACGAUGAUUACUUUACUGUGCUGAUUUCCUGCAGCCUUCUUGAAACAAUGUACAGGCUCCAAACUAAUUCAGGGGUGGGGAAACCUGUGGCCCUCCAGAUAUGUGAGCUCCGCUCAUUCCUGACCAUGGGAUAUGCCCGCUGGGGCUGACAGAAUUUGGAGUUCAACAGUGUUUGGAAGGUCACAGGUUACUCAUCCCUGCUCUGAUGCCAUAGAUGCUGUGAUCUAUGCAUACUAUAACUGUUUCCUUUUGACAUGAAAAUAGCAUUUGUAAUCUUGAUUCAUUAACAAUAAAUUCAGACCAAAUGGCAGUACUGUUCCCGGGCUGAAAGACAAAAAUCUGAGCAUUCUAACACUACUUUAAUAUUUAUCUCUCGCCUUACCCCAAGUACACCUGGAGUAGGAUGAUAAUUGACAGGGAAUCAACAUUGAAAUGUAUAUCUGAUAUUAAUGGAAACAUUGAUCAUCGCAGGCAGCAGUGUUGCUGCAUUUUGGGGCAAUAUCAGUUGAAACAGUGUCAAAUAAGACAAAGCUGAUAUUCCGUUACCUUUAAUUUAGGUAUUCUUCUAUUAUAGUAUGAAGUACUAUUAAUUUAGUACUUAUUCCCAUGUAUCACAUCUUCAGUAAUAUCACUGGAAUAUUCUACUUCUAUUUAUAAAAUACUUUUAUUUCUUGUUUACAGGAUAAGCCAGAAACCUGGGAAAGACAAUGGAAGUGUUUCAAGGCACUUAUGUUCAAUCACUUUUUUAUUCAGUUUCCUCUGAUACUUGGUACCUAUUACUUCACAGAAUAUUUUAAUAUUCCUUUUGACUGGGAAAGCAUGCCAAGAUGGUAAGUAGAUGGAUUUCACUUAAACAGCUCUGUGCAGUUAAGUACUUCAAUAAAUGCAGUGUUUCUCAAAUCCUGUUAUGAUCAAGCACUGCACUUCAGCAUAUGGAAGAUUUCUAAAAGUUCUGCACAGAACAAUAAUAAUAAGUUUCUAGUAGUCAGUCAUUUUCAAGCUGAACUUUCCCUAUAAAGCGUUCUUAUCAUUACAAAUUACAACUGAUUUGCAAGAAAGAAAGAUGUUAAUGGAUUAAGUAAAUUUUAUGUGAAAUUAGUUUUAGAAAACUGCUACAAUGAUUUAUAAAGAAACUCAGCCAGGGGGAUUUUAGGAAGUCACCUAACAAUGAUAACAAAAGAGGAAUUUCUACAGUUAGGAUAUAUGUUUGUUUGUUUCUUUGUUUUUUGAUGUUUUUCUUUUUAUGUUUGUUGAUAUGUUUGUUAUAAAUUUGGAAAACUAAUAAAACCUUUUGGGGAAAAAACAACAAAUUACAACUGAUUUGCUUCCAGCAAUGUCACCAGAGUUGCAUUAUACACAACAGCGGUGUUUGUGUACGAUGUAGUCUCUUAAGCCACUCUUAUCCUCCCUAUAUAAUAAAGUUGUGGACAAAGGUUAUGUGUAUGGUAAAAUAUACUUUUGCCAAUUCUUUGUAGACUGCUGCUGCCUUGCAAGCUAUUGGAUAACAUGUUUCUCCAACACAAAAAAAUGGUUUUAUAGACAGAUAUAGAACUGCAAAAGCAAAAAUUGGGUUGGGAGACAGGGUGUCCUAAUCUAUUGUACUUGUCUUAACAAAUGCUUCUCUUUCCCUACCUCCCCCCCCCCCCCAGGUAUGUGCUACUUUCUCAAUGUUUUGGAUGUGCUGUGAUUGAUGAUGCCUGGCAUUAUUUUCUGCAUAGGCUGCUGCAUCACAAGAGAAUAUAUAAGUACAUCCACAAAGUGCAUCAUGAGUUUGUGGUAUGUAUUGCCUUAAAUUCUUGGUGAACGUUACCUAGUUAAUGCUGUAAUGCUGUGAGCAUAUAAAAGCACUAGGCAUACAUUAGCUAUUCUUUUUGUAAAAAGGGAGAAAAGAAAACAGCACGCUUAGCAAACUGUUUUCAUCAUGAGUUUAAUAUUGCUAUAGUAAUCAGUUUGAAACUGAUUACUCAAAAUACAGUGGUACCUUGGGUUACAUACGCUUCAGGUUACAGACCCCGCUAACCCAGAAAUAGUACCUUGGGUUAAGAACUUUGCUUCAGGAUGAGAACAGAAAUCGUGCUCCAGCGGCGCGGCGACAGUGGGAGGCCCCAUUAGCUAAAGUGGUGCGUCAGAUUAAGAACAGUUUCAGGUUAAGAACGACCUCCGGAAGGAAUUAAGUACAUAACCCAAGGUACAACUGUAGUUUGCCAUUUUAAAUGCUGUUCUCUGAUGUCUAACUUCUUACCCACCAAUGACUGGCUACAAAACACAAAAAUCCCUUCAGCUGGUUUUCCCUACAAAUGAUCUCUGUCUGUUAUUCUGAUAAUGAUUAUGUAGGUUAGAAACAUAACCCACUCUGACCUAGUAUAUUUGUAGUGAAGUCUGACCAGCAGCAAUUCUCCAGUCUCCAGUUUCUGUUUAAUAGGACCAACAGAGAGACCAGUGACUGAACUUUAGUCCUUCUGCAUCACUGUGCUAUACUACUGAGCUAAAGCCCACCUGUAACCUACAUUGGAUGGUUUCCCUAACAACCACCCUCCAAUUGCUUUUUUGAAUAGCUAGCUUCUAUUACUGAAAUAACACUCAGUAGGGAGCAUAGACUAAAGACUCAGAAAAACCUUCAGGGGGAUCUGAAGGUGAGGAAAGCAUCACUGUAAAGUUUUCAUAUAAGCUAUGAUUUGCUUCCAUUCUGAAUAUUUUACAAGGGGUUCUUAUUCUGUCGUCUUAAGUAAUCAUGGUUCUAUGCUACCAGCUGAAAUUAUAGUGUUUCAGGGGCAGUCCAGAAUUUGUAGUCAUAAAGAGUUGGAGUGGAGCUAAACACAGUUCACUCAUUCCUCUGUUACCUGUAUGUAACAUUAAUACCAGGAUCUGAGUGCGAGAGGGGGAGAACUCUGCUAGAAGAACCUGGCCAUGCAGGAAGUACUGUUGUAUCUCGGGUUACAAACGCUUCGGGUUACAGACUCCGCUAACCCGGAAGUAGUACCUCGGGUUAAAAACUAUACCUCAGGAUGAGAACAGAAACUGUGCGGCAGCGGCAGGAGGCCUCAUUAGUUAAAGUGGUACCUCAGGUUAAGAACGGUUUCAGAUUAAGAACGGACCUCCGGAACAAAUUAAGUUCGUAACCCACUGUAUACAUUUCAGAUUAGCCGUAAAGUACCGGUAUAUUUAUGUCUUGGCAUACAAAAGAGCAUUCUUUUUUUCCCCUCUUCCUCCUUUCAUAGGCUCCGUUUGGAAUGCAAGCUGAAUAUGUACACCCUCUGGAAACCCUUAUCAUUGGAACUGGGUUUUUCAUUGGAAUAAUGGUGUUUUGCAAUCACGUGAUUCUUCUGUGGGCAUGGUUGAUCUGUCGCUUGCUGGAGAUCAUUGACGUCCACAGGUAAUCUACUUUCGCUGUUCAGUCUGGUCAUAUUCAUCAGAAUUAUAGAGGGUUGUAUUCAACAAAGUGUUACUUGGGGUAGACAUAGUAAAAUUAUUAGACCUAAAUUAGUCAUCUAGGUGUACUCUUAAUUCACACUUCGUUGAAUACCACCCAAGUCACCAGGUAAAAUCUAGACAAGUGACCUUUUUUUUAAAAAAAAAUAAAUCUAUUAACUAUUCAGGAUUUUCUCUAAAUGUCCUAGAAGUGCAUGUAUUUAAGACUGAAAUCCUGUGCAUUCCUACCUUAGAGUAAGUUUCAGUGACUUUAGUAGAGCUUGCAUAAACAUUCAGAGGAUUCUACUGCACAUGAUUCUUUAGAUGACAAGCUUACAAACUAAUUUGAUACUCUUUGAGCAAGUAGAGUCAUCUUAAGUUCCACAUAAAAGCUUCUCUAUUAAGUAUGAUUAAGAUGUAACUAGAAAUGAUAAAAUAUAACUGGAAACUAUGCUACCUAAAUGAGCCUUAGGCUCACAUGCUCCCUCCUCCCCUCUAUUUUCACAUGUCAAAGAUAGAUACAGAGUGGCUGGGGCAACCCAGCCAGAUGGGAAGGCUAUAAAUGAAAUAUUUUAUUUUAUUUUAUUUUAUUUAUUUAUUACAGAUAGAAAGCUUUUUAACGUUAAGCUAACUAGAAUUCCUUAUGAUGUCUGAACAAGUGAAACAAAUUAUGGUUAGAGAGAACAUUUAACCAUAAUUUUUGGUUGAUGGGAGUUGUUGUCCAACAACAUUUGGAGAGCCAUAGGUUGGCCACCCCGAUUCAUUGAAUACUUUCCCAGCAAAAUCUAGCUAUGAAUCCAGACUGUGUGUGUGUGUGUGUGUGAGAGAGAGAGAGAGAGAGACCACAUUUUUCAACUAUUUCAUUCCUCUGUUUGGCAUAGUGUUGUGGACACUUUGUGCUGAAAUAUUUACAUGACCUCCUUGCAGGGACUAUAUAUAAAGCAUGUAUCAUCAGUACAGAAGUAAGAAACACAUUUUAAAUACCACAUGGCGGAUGUUACUUCUACAGCUUCAGAAGUAUGUUGUCCAGUUGAAUAGUCCAGGAACUUCAGGGGUUUUUCAACCAAGUUAAUAUGGAAACUGGUAAAUGUCUAUGGUUGUAGUCCUAUAACCACUUACAAAAGAGUAAGCCCCAUUAAACUCAGUGGGACUUGCUUCUGAUUUUAGCAAUGCUUGACUUGAAUGGAAAUGCGAGCAGUGUCUUCCGUAUCUGUAUUGUAAAUUCUCCUCUCUCUCUCUCUCUCUCUCUCUCUCUCUCUCUCUCUCUCUCAUUAGUGGCUACGACAUUCCUCUGAAUCCAUUGCAUUUGGUGCCUUUCUAUACUGGGGCUCGAUUCCAUGACUUCCACCAUAUGAACUCAAUUGGCAACUAUGCUUCAACCUUCACGUGGUGGGAUAAACUGUUUGGUACCGACUCGCAGUACAAUUCUUACAGAGAGAAAUUGGAAAAACAAGAGUGCAUGGUGGAAAAGAAGACCAAAUAA